CGUCGCUGUGAGAAAAGCUCCGGCGACCUAAAAUCGUCCGGCGAACCUUCUCCUUCUCGUAUACACGUAUUUCGAAGCAUCCGCGAGGUCAUCGUGUGUUCUGCAUUGUACGGAUCCUCUCCCGAUCGACGACUCAGCUUCCGUUUGGGAAUAUCACACCAGGCAGGAUAACUCCUCUAUGUUUCAAUCCAAUGGUGCCAGUGGAGAAGAGUACCCUGAUUUUAAAUGGGGUGCUAAGAGAGGGGUGGGACGGAAAGAUAGUAAAGUCCGGUUCUAUGAAUCAUUUACCUAUGAGGGCAUCGAGUACCGGCUUUUUGACUGUGCUUAUUUUUAUGUAUGUGGUCAAUGUGAGACUUCAAUUGGGAAGCUUGUCAGCAUGUACGAGACAUCAGCAGGUGAGAAGAAAGUAAAGGUCAUUUGGUUCUUUCGACCUAUUGACAUCCAUCGCUUCUUGGGAGAGUAUGAGCCACAAUGGGAUGAGUUGUUUCUGGCUUGUGGUGAUGAAAAAGGGGUAACCAAUAUCAACGAUGUGGAGACGAUCAUGGGGAAAUGCAAUGUUGUAUGCAUAUCGAAGGACCGAAGAAACCCACCACCAGAAAGAAAUGAGCUGAGGAAAGCUAACUAUGUCUUCUCCCGCACCUUCGAUACAAGGCUGAAAAUUAUAUCAAAAAUCUUUGCAGAUGCAAUAGCUGGAAUUGGAGUGGAGAAAAUUUUCAACAGAAUAAGGGAUAAGCAGCCUGUAAAACGUCUAAACUCAAGCGCAGCUGCCAGUUCCAGGACUUCUCCAGUAAAAAAAAAUCAUCCAGAUUUGGGAUCAACAAAGUUAGAAAAAGAAAAUAACAGAGAUGGAAAGCUGACGAGUAGAACAAGCUCGGGAAAGAAAGUCUCUUUUCUGGAGGAACGUGCUGAUCAUGUACAUGUGAAGAAGAACCCUCUUGUCAAUACUGAUACCAUGCCAAGAGGUCCCAUAACCAAAACCAGAGCAUUUGGGGAGUUACAUGCUUCAGGUUCAUUAGUCGAUGCUAAGCCUUCUAAAAAGAGGAAGCUUAUACUCAACACGCCAGAAACAGAUGAUUCAGAUGAUUCAGGCCCUCAACUAGGAGAGACGAAAUUCAUUAAAAACCCUCCUCUUGUAGAAAAAGCUCCAAGUCAGAACAUCAAGAAAAGCAGCUGGUACAAGAAACUGCCUUUUGAGGAAGAACUAAAAGCGGCUAUAGAAACAAGUAGGGUGCUCUUAAUUGAGAACCUGGAACCAUCAUACACAUCGCUGGAGGUAGAGGAACUUUGUAGGAAAGCUUUCAAUGAAGGAGUUGAUGCUAAGAUGAUCCCUUCUAGUCUCAUGUCUAGUCCACUUAGUGGCAGGGCUCUUGUGAUUUUUGGAACCGCAAAGGCAGCUGAUUCUGCUAUGGCGCGGUUAACUGAAGAGUGCCUGAUGUUACCUGGCCAGAGAGCUCUAAUGGGAAGCAGAAAAGUUCCAGAAGAAAUUGGAAAACUUAGAAGCUUUACUGGCCAUUUUAGCUUGCUAGAUAGAUCUAUGAUGACAGCUCAGAAGAGAAAGGCCGUCUCAACAUCACACUGCACGCAGCCCAACCACAUUGUAGAACCUAUGGCCUUUGAGUGGCUCGCUCGACAGGAAAAGUCAGAAUUGACGUGGAAGAAGUUAUUUGAGAUACAAUCAAAGGAGACUGACAUCCUCAGGCGCAAAAUCUACCAGGAAACCAAAGGGAAGGAACAAUGUGCACAAAAUCCCUUCUCUUAACAACACAGAAACACUUGUCGGUUUUGGUUUAGUUCUGAUGUAAACCCAACCCAUUGUGUCUUUUAGGUGGCAGACUAGGCAGUAACCUUAUACACUAGCAGGUUGAUGCUAAUUUUUGGUAGGGGUACAUAGAGAAACCACUUGACAGGUUUUGAUGUCAUGGAAACUAACGAUCA